GCGGCUGCGCCACUCGUCCUUCUCCUGUCUUCCCAUUUUCCAUCUAAAAAGGCGCUACCAAUUGGAAUAUUCCUUAAGUAUCGCACCUCGCAACCACAGCCUUCGUUAUCUUCUCGCUUGAGAUAGCGAUAUUCGCAAAAAUGACCACAGCAAACUCUACGCCAACAGACAACGCCCAGCAAAACUCCAAGUACUUUCGGAAAGCGCUGAACGACCUCACGCCUAACAACAUUGGGCAACUCAAAGAAGUGAAUAAGGUUCUGUUGGGUGACGAGCUAGGGCAGGCGGUUUAUGACGAUGCAUUGAAGGUUGGGGACUUUGCAAAGCUUGCGCUGUUCAACGAUAUCAUUGUGGGAGGAAUAAUAACUGCAAAGUCGACGGUUGCCGAAGCGAAGAAGAACAAGGUUGAGAUCGUUAGCCUUGCGGUCCUGCCGGCAUAUCAAAAGCUGGGACUAGGGACAAUGCUAUUGGAUCACAUCAUAAACACAAGCGAAACGCAGCUCGCUGGAUCUGAGAUUCACGUCCGGAUACCAACGAAGGAUACCGCCGCGGUGUCCUUCUUCACAAAGAGAGGGUUUGCGGCAAGCGGAGAUCCUAAAUCGGAUACUCAAAUGUUUGUGCGCACCAUCUGAGCGCUUUCCUUACUCAUGCGUGUGCGCCCGUGAUCAAGGCAUCGAGCCGCAUUGUAGAUAUUCGCCGCAAGCAGCGAUUAUAGAAUCAGAUUCGUUGAUAAGACAUGAUCCGACAAUGGGCAAACCCCGACACACCGAUCGACCUUGUCCAAAAAAAAGUGCAUCAUUCAUUUCUUAGAAAGAAAAGAAAUCUAAGCCCGCUUCAUAUUCAUCC